UCCCUCCCGGUAGCAAUGGAAAAACCAUCAGCUUUCCUCCACUGGAUGAACCUUUCACUCCCUUCCCUCCGUCUCCUCCCACUCUUCUCAACCCUUGCUGCCUCGCCCACCUUCCUCCCGUCCAUCCUUCCAUCCAGCCUCAGUCCUACUCUGAUAGGUGUGCUGUUCAGUCCCACACGGAUCUGGCUUCUCUCCCUCAGAAUGUCCUGGACUCGAGCAUUCCUCCUGUCUUCGCUCUCCGUCCUCCUCAUCAUCACCUGUAAGUAUCUUGGCAGCACAAAAGGGAUCAGCAACGUUCCGCCUUCACGGAUGGAGGAAAAAAACAACAACAAAAAAAAACAGGAAGAAUUCAGUGCUAUUUUUUUUAACCCCCCCAUCCUGUCAUCUCCAGGAGCUGCGCGCCAGGUAUUUAUGGCCGAGUCGGACGCCUCAAACUUCUUCAGUCAAAAACGCCGCAGUCGCCGUUCACCCAAGCACUACGCCGAGGUCCAAGCUGAGCAGAGAAUGAAGCGAGCUGCUAGCGAGAGAAGGAGGGAGUAUAACGAGGAGCAGAGAGACGAAUACGAGAACUACCUUGAGGAAGACCGUGACGAAGUAAAUGAGAGGUCAAGAGAGACGAAUGAGCAGCUGCGAGAGUAUCAUUACGACGGCCUCUAUCCUCGAUUCUACUGGUUUCACUGAACAAGUGACGUCGAGUAAAAACUUCCACCUCUUCUUUAUAAGCAACAAGGCGCCUGUAUCAACGGCAAAUGGCUGACAUAUGAGAGCAAGCGCUAAAGUUAUUCAUGUAUGUGUAAGACAUUAAGCUACGUUAAGUUUUCCACAAACCUUAUCCUAUUUUCAGAAUUUAGAAAUUGUGCAAUAUGUGUAAAGUGUUUUAACUGCACAGUUUUUCUAUGGGAAGCUACCAGUUUUGCAUGCUUUUUAAAAUGGUUUUUAUAUGUGCAUACUGUAGGAAGUACACAGUGCAGCUGAUUGCACUGUGUGGUUUGCGCUGACUUACACAUAUUUAAGUUGCAAAGGAAUAAAGACCAGCUUCUAUGAGG